AUGGAACAAAUAACACCCUUCGACACCAGUAAAUACAGUGCAGAACGCGCAGCCAUUGCAGCCCGACGCGUUUUCUUGUUCUCCGGCAAGUGGCCCCACGAGCUCGUCAAAGACCAUUCACCGCACAUCUGGAACGUCAAGUUAUCCGAAGAGUUCGCCACGCUUGUACGUCUCUCGGUUGAGUCGCACAAGGUUGAACUCAGAAAUGUAUUGCAGAGAUUGAAGGAAAUCACCCUCAAACACCCCAAUGAAGAAACCAAAUGCUUGAAUCGAGAUGAUAUUUCCGAGGUUCGAGACUGGCUGCGCACAGAGGGAGUUGAUUCGCAUCCACGGUUCCCUCGGAUAUCUGCUGGUGAAGAGGACAGAAAUGACGCCAAUGGAGUACCAUCGGUGGCCGCCUCGGCGAUUCGCGCGGGAACUGCUAAUUUCAGCGAUAUCACCAGUGACAGCAGUCUAGACUUCAAUUAUUAUAGUUCGGACGAUGAAGAAGCUAACGAGUCAUCAACUAUCCAAAUCAAAUCCGAAGACGAUGCGCCUGUCGCACCAAGACCCAACCCCGUCACCAGGCCCUUUUCUUCAAACCCAUCAUCUAGUAGGGCGAGCGAACCUGGCCCUUCCGCCUCACAACCUCCCUCUAGACCGAAUGCUCGAACCGGAACGACACCGUCUAGCAACACUGCUCCAUCAACCCCACUUCGAGUCAGUGACAGUGUAAAUGCCCACUUUCAAGAAAGCCUUCGAAGAGCAGCCAUGACCAACAGCGCCUCUCGACCAAGGCUUCAAGCCAGUCCCUCAAGAUCAGUUGCAAGGCCAAACAACACUAGUCAGGCUGGGCCUUCUACACCUUCGCGUACCACGCCCAACCACCAAGCAAGUCCUUCACUCAACAGGCCAGCAGCAUCCGAGCCACGCCGCAAUGCAUCGUCGGAUAGAAGUCAAGUCAACCAGUCGACGCAGAGCACAUCUCAACAACAGCCAUCCGCUACUAUUAACCCCCCUAGGCUUAAUGCUCAAGCCUCAAACAACCCUGUUCCCAGAGCUCUAAACACACCAGUCGCAUCGGCUUCUUCAUCAAAUGUUGCCUCAUCACCCACAAGAGCCCGGGAGCCCCGUUCUACCACAAACCUUAGAACCGCGCCAAUCACGGAUGUUCCAACUGGGUCUGCGCUGCAUCGUCUCGAUGGAUCAUUUGAUACUUACAGACACGCCCGUGGAAAUGCGUCCUCAAGUGCCUCUUUGGAAAUAGGCACAUCCGGCAUUUCAACACCUAAUAGGCCAGAUAUCCAAUCCAACGUCGGCUCAACAAGCUCCAACUCAACGCCAGCUACUGCUCGCCCCCGACACGAUAUCCAGCCACCUACACGCCAGACCCACGACCUCCCUCUAAGCGCAGUGCUGAAUCCCGAUGUUUCACGCAAGCGACCUCUAGAACCUACGACACCAGUCACUUAUCAGACUCCAGAACGCCCGGGGGCUUCAUCCGCGGCGCCAGGGAUAAACUCGGGUUCCUCAAACGAACACCCACCUCAAGCAGGGACAGGGAAUGCCACUCGGGUCAAUGCGGCAUCUUCAUCACAACCCGCUCCUACUUCUCGCACACAAGCGCCAAACGCAAUGCCGGCACAGACGAACUGUUCAUGGACUAUCGGGAACGCUAGAAAGAGACAAAGAUUGAAUGAUCCUACAGGGCGGAGCAUACGUUUAGAUGACAUAUCGGAUUUUGAUGCUACAUUGCCGAAUGGAGAAUGUUUCAAAAGACAUCUUCGAGAAUGGCGCGCGUGGGCAGAGCCUCACGCUAAGAACAUCGAUCAAAAACUGGUAGAAAUUGUCGGACAUAUUCACUCAGUCAGCAAUCUCUAUCAAACCAACAGCGCCAAGCGGGAAAACGCAAUAAACCAGAUCGAAGCCGCCAAGCAAUCGCUAGAGGAGAACCAAGCAGUGAUUACCAAAAACCGCAAGAUCAUCGCUGUUCUGGAGGAGGAAUCCCAAGGGGAUGUAUUAGCCCAAGAAUAUCUCGACAAACGCAAAGGGCUACUGAAAGAGCACGAGCUUGUGCACCGGUCAUUCCAACACGAACUUACAUCGGCUCAGACUAUCCUCGAGGAGAUUGACUUGCAACAUCCUACUCUUGAAAGGAGACUCGGUGAGCUUGUGGAAGAUGAGGCUACGCUCAGAAAGAAAAAGAAGUCAUUAAGUUCAGCGAUAAAGAAAUGGGAGUUUCAGACAGAUUUAAUGGAAGCUGAUGGGGGUUGGGCCAAGGCAAUGGGACGUUGGUCAGCAGGCGCAUAG